GUGGGCUGUAGGUCAGGGUUUUGUUGAAGUCCACCAACUCCUGUUGGCUACCAUUAAUGCAUUUUUGCUUGAAUUUUGUUGCAAUGCUGUCAGAAUUGAACAGUUAUGUUUCAGGAGUGUGUUUUCUUACAGUUUUUUUUCUUACACGUUUAAACAGUAUGUGAAAUGUAUAAAAUGCUGUUGGUGAAAUGGCAUAAAUUGUUUGAAUAGAACAACAAAGAACAUUCUAUGCAUCAUGUCUUCGAGGUCAAAGCCCGAUGCUACGGGCGUCUAUGUAUGGGGCGGUACUAACGAGAAGCCAGGCAGCUAGCUUUGGCUAAACGUACACUAGCUGACCGGCGGCUUGUGAGCCAUCAAAAUGCAGUGUUUUUCGCUAUUGGGCUGGACAUCACACCAUGGAAUGGAAUGAACUUAUUCCUUGGGAAAACUAUAUAUUAUAGCCAACGACGUCUUUGUAGAGAUAUCGGACUGCCCCGAGACUUGGAUGGAGUAGCAAGCAAGCGCUACGACUGAGUAGGUCUAGAAAGGUUGGUCGACCCGACUCAUCGUAAUUAUUAGCAUAGUGAGGAGCAGCCGAGCCGACUACCAUGCCUCCCAGACCGUCUUCGGGGGAACUAUGGGGCAUGCACUUGAUGCCCCCGAGCAUCCUGGUGGACUGCCUUCUCCCCAAUGGGAUGAUUGUGACAUUGGAGUGCACACGCGAGGCCACACUCAUCUCGGUCAAACACGAACUCUUUAAAGAGGCCAGGAAGUAUCCUCUCCACCACCUCCUACAGGAGGAGACCUCCUACAUCUUUGUCAGCGUUACCCAAGAGGCUGAGAGAGAGGAGUUCUACGAUGAGACUAGGAGACUGUGCGACCUCAGGCUUUUUCAGGCCUUCCUGAAAGUCAUCGAACCAGUGGGCAACAGAGAGGAGAAAAUACUCAACCGAGAAAUUGGUUUUGCAAUAGGAAUGCCUAUAUGCGAGUUUGACCUGGUCAAGGACUCGGAAGUGCAGGACUUUAGAAGGAACAUAUUGAAUGUCUGCAAGGAGUCUGUGGACCUCCGAGACACUAACGGACCCAUCAGUAGAGCGUUGUACGUCUACCCUCCCAAUGUAGAGUCGUCAGUAGAACUGCCCAAGCACAUCUUCAAUAAGCUUGACAAAGGUCAAAUCAUAGUGGUCAUCUGGGUCAUUGUGUCGCCGAGCAAUGACAAGCAGAAAUACACCCUGAAGAUCAAUCACGACUGCGUGCCGGAGCAUGUGAUUGCAGAGGCCAUCCGUAAAAAGACGCGUAGCAUGCUGCUGUCCCACGAGCAACUCAAGAUGUGUGUGCAGGAGUAUCAGGGAAAGUACAUCCUCAAGGUGUGCGGCUGUGACGAGUACCUGCUGGAGAAGUACCCCCUUAGCCAGUACAAGUAUGUGAGGAGUUGCAUCAUGCUAGGGCGCAUGCCCAACCUCAUGCUAAUGGCCAAGGACAGCCUUUACUCCCAGCUGCCUAUCGACACCUUUACCAUGCCCUCGUACGCCCGACGCAUCUCCACGGCAACGCCCUACAUGAAUGGCGAGACGGCCACCAAGUCCCUGUGGACUAUCAACGGCACGCUGAGGAUCAGGAUACUGUGCGCAACCUAUGUCAACGUCAACAUCAGGGACAUUGACAAGAUCUACGUCCGGACUGGGAUCUACCACGGUGGGGAGCAGCUGUGUGACAACGUGAACACUCAGCGCGUGCCAUGUUCAAACCCCAGGUGGAACGAGUGGCUGAACUAUGACAUGUACAUUCCAGACAUCCCCCGCGCCGCCCGCCUCUGUCUGUCCAUCUGCUCUGUGAAAGGGAGGAAGGGGGCUAAAGAGGAGCACUGUCCGCUAGCCUGGGGAAACAUCAACCUGUUUGACUACACCCACACGCUGGUGGCCGGGAAGAUGGCCCUCAACCUGUGGCCCGUGCCCCAUGGCCUGGAAGACCUGCUCAAUGCCAUCGGAGUCACUGGCUCCAAUCCAAACAAGGAAACCCCUUGCCUGGAGUUGGAGUUUGACCACUUCAGUAACCCGGUCAAGUUCCCCGACAUGCCGGCCAUCGAGGAGCACGCCAACUGGAACAUAUCCCGGGAGCUGGGUUUCAACUACUGCCACACCGGUUUGAGUAACAGACUGGCGAGGGACAACCCCCUGACGGACAGUGACAACGAACAGCUGCGCCUGGUCUGUAACAGAGACCCACUGUCUGAAAUCACUGAGCAGGAGAAGGACUUCCUGUGGAGGCACAGACAUUACUGUGUCACUAUCCCAGAGAUACUUCCCAAGAUUCUCCUGGCAGUGAAAUGGAACUCCAGAGAUGAGGUUGCACAGAUGUAUUGCCUUCUGAAGGACUGGCCAGCCAUAAAGCCAGAACAAGCCAUGGAGUUGCUGGACUGCAACUUCCCCGACCCAAUGAUUCGAGACUUUGCCGUGAAGUGCCUUGAGAAAUACCUAACAGACGACAGACUCUCUCAAUACCUCAUCCAGCUGGUCCAGGUACUGAAGUACGAACAGUACCUCGACAACCCGCUGGCCCGCUUCCUGCUGAAGAAGGCUUUGACCAAUCAGCGAAUAGGACAUUUCUUCUUUUGGCAUCUCAAGUCUGAGAUGCACAACAAGACUGUGAGCCAGCGGUUCGGCCUGCUGCUGGAGUCCUACUGCCGGGCCUGUGGCAUGUACCUGAAGCAUCUGAGCAGACAGGUGGAGGCCAUGGAGAAACUCAUCAACCUCACCGACCUCCUCAAGCAGGAGAAGAAGGACGAGGCCCAGAAGGUUCAGAUGAAGUUCCUGGUGGAGCAGAUGAAGAGGCCUGACUACAUGGAUGCCCUACAGAGUUUUACCUCUCCACUCAACCCAGCGCACCAGCUGGGAAACCUCCGCCUGGAAGAGUGCCGGAUGAUGUCAUCGGCCAAGCGGCCCCUGUGGCUCAAUUGGGAGAACCCUGACAUGAUGUCAGAGCUGCUCUUCCAGAGCAACGAGAUCAUCUUCAAAAACGGAGACGAUCUGAGGCAGGACAUGCUGACUUUGCAGAUCAUUAGGAUAAUGGAGAACAUCUGGCAGAACCAGGGCCUUGAUCUCAGGAUGCUGCCGUACGGCUGCUUGUCCAUCGGCGACUGCGUGGGCCUGAUAGAGGUGGUGAGGAACUCCCACACCAUCAUGCAGAUCCAGUGUAAAGGAGGCCUGAAGGGGGCGCUGCAGUUCAACAGCCACACGCUGCACCAGUGGCUCAAGGACAAGAACAGGGGGGAGAUGUACGACCAGGCCAUUGACUUGUUCACACGGUCGUGUGCGGGCUACUGCGUCGCUACCUUCAUCCUGGGGAUCGGUGACCGACACAACAGCAACAUCAUGGUCAAAGAUGAUGGACAGCUAUUCCACAUAGACUUUGGCCAUUUCCUGGAUCACAAGAAGAAGAAGUUUGGCUACAAGCGAGAGCGGGUGCCCUUUGUCUUGACACAGGACUUCUUAAUCGUCAUCAGUAAAGGAACCCAGGAGUGCACCAAAACCAGGGAGUUUGAGAGGUUCCAGGAGAUGUGCUACAAGGCCUACCUGGCCAUCCGGCAGCACGCCAACCUCUUCAUCAACCUGUUCUCCAUGAUGCUGGGCUCGGGGAUGCCCGAACUGCAGUCCUUUGAUGACAUCGCUUACAUCCGCAAAACCCUAGCCCUGGACAAGACGGAGCAGGAGGCCCUGGACUACUUCAUGAAGCAGAUGAACGACGCCCACCAUGGCGGCUGGACCACCAAGAUGGACUGGAUCUUCCACACCAUCCGCCAGCACGCCAUGAACUGAGAGGGGCCAUCUGCCCAGAGAGUAGCAGCAAUGCAGAGGCGACAAGGGCGGAUCUCUACACCAUCCGCCUGGACUGUGUGUCAACGGAGAGACUAGAGCGGAUCUCUACACCAUCCAUCUGGACUGUGUGUCAACGGAGAGACUAGAGCGGAUCUCUACACCAUCCGCCCGGACUGUGUGUCAACGGAGAGACUAGAGCGGAUCUCUACACCAUCCGCCCGGACUGUGUGUCAACGGAGAGACUAGAGCGGAUCUCUACACCAUCCGCCCGGACUGUGUGUCAACGGAGAGACUAGAGCGGAUCUCUACACCAUCCAUCUGGACUGUGUGUCAACGGAGAGACUAGAGCGGAUCUCUACACCAUCUGCCAGCUAAGCACGCCAUGAGCUGAGAUGGCAGAGCGGACAAUACUAGCGUCCACGGAUGGAGCUAUGAACGGAUAGAGCCAUUGGAUGAAUCGGAUGAAUGGAGAGGCUAGAAUGGAUCGCUACAUCAUCUGCUAACUUCUUCUGAGCUCUGAGGGAGAUGCAGAUCUGUACACCAUCCACUACGUGGUGCCAAACUGGAUGUUAGGGAUGCAUCGAUAGGGAAAUUACAGGCUGAUGCGAUAAUCAUAUUUUCUGGACAUUAUGUUUCCCAUAUUGGUAUUCCAAUUUGGCCACAGUUUUCUCCUUGUAAAAUUAGGGGAACAACCACGAUUACAAACAACCGUUUUGUUAAAAGUUAUGUCAUUUUUAAGAUGAAAGCGAUCUAUAGUAUUAUCAGCCGAUAACGAUAUGAUGGUCGAUAUAUAGCAUUGUCAGCCAAUAUUGAUCUGGGUCAUCCCUAUAUAAUGUCCCCUAUUCAUCAGUUUACUAUGAACAGAGAGCAGAGUGGAUCUCUAGCCUCUACAUCCUGCUAACACGCCAGGAUACCGUGAAGACCUGCCCAGGGUCAUGUCCUGCUAACACGCCAGGAUACCGUGAAGACCUGCCCAGGGUCAUGUCCUGCUAACACGCCAGGAUACCGUAAAGACCUGCCCAGGGUCAUGUCCUGCUAACACGCCAGGAUACCGUGAAGACCUGCCCAGGGUCAUGUCCUGCUAACACGCCAGGAUACCGUGAAGACCUGCCCAGGGUCAUAUGCUGCUAACACGCCAGGAUACCGUGAAGACCUGCCCAGGGUCAUGUCCUGCUGACACGCCAGGAUACCAUGAAGACCUGCCCAGGGUCAUGUGCUGCUAACACGCCAGGAUACCGUGAAGGCCUGCCCAUGGCACGCAACGGAAAAUGGUUUGACACGGAAAUUAAAAUAAGUGUUUCUUAUUGGACAAAUCCUGGCAGUCUCUUCCUGUUUCAAUCAUGUUUUCUUCCUCUUGGUGCCCAUUGAACACGACCCAGAAUACCACCAGCUUUGUUAAUUCCCAGUGAUGGAUGGUUGACAGACACUAGGAUGUCCGUUCGUCUGCUGUCAACUCUAAGACUAGCGAACAGAACUCUCUGACAAAUCAUGUUUGAUCUCAAAUGACGAUUACACAAAUCUUGUGUGUCCCCUCAGAUGGAAACGGUUUUGUGACCUCAAAUUUUGAGAUUUUGUACAGAAGUAUCCCAAUGGUGUUGAAUGCAAACUGUACACACAUUAUUCCUUUUUAGUCUUUAUUUUCUUCUGAGCCAAAGUACUAUAUAGAUAUAUCUCCCACUACAUCUUACUUAUCAGUCUUAGCGUAUGAAAGAGUCACUACUAUUCCAAUCCUUGUGUAUCUUCUUUGUAGCACUGAUCUCUACAGUAUUUGUUUGUUUGUCUAUCAGUAUUAUGAUGCGUGUGCAGCGUUCUGCCGCAAAAUGGCUGCCGUCCAGCACCCAGUUGGAUGCAACACAGAAGUUUACGAUGACCGACAGAAAAAUAACUGUAAAUUCAUCUUGUUACUGUAAAUUCAUUGAAUUCAUCCUCUUCCUUUGUUGUUUUUUCGGGUGUAUAUAUAUUUUUUAUAAUGGAAAGGGGGCAAAAUGGAUGUGCGGUGUUAUAGUAGGCUGUGCUAUUACACUAUGCAAUUUGUGAUCUUUAUGUACUAUACUGCAAAGACUUGUACUGAUGUCAAGGCAAAGGAGAGUCGAGAUGGGAGUAUCUAAUCAUAUACACAGCAUUAAAGGUGUCCAGCAACUGUACAGACAAGACAGUACACAGAAGACGAAUGCACAAUUAUGCACUGACGGUAUCACCGAUUUCUUCCCUAACAGGUCAGAAAACUAUCAGUGAAAGAUCUAACCAGACAUUUUUAGGAAGCGUUUGGAACCACCGUAGAUAGUUUUUCAACUGUGAAUUGGAAUUUGCUUCAGCCUAUUCUUUUCAGAAUUCAAGUAUGUAUAGAUUAGACCCUAUUCCAGACUUCCCCAGCGUUCUGUCAUAUGAACUCACUAUUCAGUAAAGUUGUUAAAGAUCAAUAAAAUAAAAGUGUAACGGGUGAAUUUGUGGUUUUGCCUUCCCUGACAACUGCCCUUUUUUUAAAGUGUGCAUAGAGAUACUUUAUUAGUCAGUUGUAUGCCAGCUUUACCAAAUGACUUGAUGUGUGUGUUUCUGUACAGGUUACAGACGGUUGGGCAGGUCCCGUUCAAAACAAGACAACUACAGUAACCAUAUUGCAUACAAUGCAAGAGCUAUCAUAGAACAUUUUUCAUUUCAUUUUCGCUGUGGUUAAACGUCAUCCUUUUCUUUCACUGCAUAUGCAUGAGGUCCCUGAAUAUCCUUUGUUCAACCUAGUGUUGUUUACUUGAAGUUCAUGUUAAAUGACCUUUUGUUACUUGUGAGGUACAAUAAUGUCACACCAUGAAGAUAACCAAUGCUAUCCUGGGGCCAGGGCAAAAUGUCUGGCCCCCAUGAACUAUGUGUGCAAAUCGCUUUCUUUGAAUAACUCUACAGAGGUAAUAUAUUUUUGUAUUCUAAAUGUAGACUAACUCAAAAUAUAAUCACUAAACAAAAAAUAAAAGUGGAAUUAUGCAUAAUGCAUCGUUUUACACCCCAGUAGACAGCUUGUAGUUAUUACAAUUAUAUGAGAAACUAGUGAUGAAGGACAAGAGUUUGGUAAGGAGGAGAAUGUAUUGAGUGGAGUUUCGCUGAAGGUCUGCUGCUCUGGCUCUGAGUGCAGUGUAAAAGCACAACGAUGAAAAGCUAUCCUGCAUGUUUUCAAACCCAAUAUUCAGAAGUUAUCUAUUCAUCCCUGUAAAUAUUGUUUGACCUGUAGUAUGCACUCAUUACUCUUUCAUACUAAUUAAUGUACUAUGUCUGGAUAGAACCCUGUAUUCAUUCACUCAUUGUACUGUUUGCUAAAAAAAAAAAAAAAAAAUCUCUGUAAAUCCAGAUAUUUUGAGAACCAAUAAAUUUCAGUUCUAAUGA